GUGAGCCGCGAGCGGGACACGGGCGCGCGCGUACGGUGCAUGCGGGAGGGAUGAGCCCCGGCGCCGGUGCCAGGAAGCGCCUCGGCGGCGUCGCGGGCGUCGUCGGCGUCGGCGGCGGGUUCGCGCUCGGGUGCGGCUGCAGGGACGCCAAGGCCGUGGCGGUGGCGGCGUCGUCGACGUCCGCGUCGCCCUACUCCUCCGCCACCGCCACGGACACGUCCACGGCGACGACCGCGUCGUGGCGCGGGGCCAGGGCGGCGCCGCACCACCCGUCGUCGGCGUCCGGGUCCACGGGCACGCUCACCGUGCCCUCCGCGUCGUCGUCCUCCUUCCUGUGGGAGGACGCCGACGGGGAUGCCGGCGAGGAGGUGAACUGCAAGCAGCGGGAGGGCCCCGCGGCCACGGCGAGCUUCUCCGGCCUGCUGCGCCAGCUCAACGAGCUCGAGCAGAGCGUCGUGUCGUGGGGGCGGAAGAGCACCAGCAAGGAUUGCUUGUCGCCACCUCUGCCGCCUCCACCGCCGGUACCGGCGCGGCCAGUGAAGCAACGAGUUGCGCACAGCGGCGGCGACAGCAAAGAAGGCCAGGGGAACUUCUCUCCGCCGCGGCCGCCGCCGACUUCUUUCCAGCUUCAGACGACGCAGCAGCACCGGAAAGCGAAGAACUUGCAGGCGCAACCGCCACCGCCACCUCCACCUCCACCAUUGCCAUUGCCGCUGGAGCAGCCGCGUAAGGCGAAGAGCACGGACAAAGGCGGCAAGAAAGUAGACGCCAGCGUUCCGCCGACAUCGCAGGCGGCGGCCCCGAAGCACCGGAAAGUGAAGAGCUGCGACGGCGGCGGCGGCAGGCUGGACGGGACCGUGGCGGUGGUGAAGCAGUCGGACGACCCGCUGAGCGACUUCCGGCGCUCCAUGGUGAACAUGGUCGUGGAGAACCGGAUCGCGACGGGCGACGAGCUCCGCGAGCUGCUCCGCCACUUCCUGGCGCUCAACGCGCCGCACCACCACGACACCAUCCUCCGGGCCUUCACCGAGAUCUGGGACGAGGCGUUCUCCGCCAAGACCGCCCCCCGCGGGCCCGCCGCCAGGCAGACCCCGCCGCGGCCGCGGCCGAAGGCGCCGACGCCGCCGCGCCGCCGGCACGACCCGCCUCCGCGGGUAUGGCGCUAACGCUUACAGUACGCGGUCACCAUCGCCAGCCAGUUACUAGUACUGUAACAUUGUAGCUAGAUUGCUUGCAAGAAACGGUCGGUAGAUGCCACCUGACCGUACCGCGAAUCUACCGCGGAUGUUCUUCAGAUUUGUUUGGCUCUUUGUUUGUUAAUGCUCCUCCAGUUUCAGUUCCGUUCGGCCUCCGAUAUUCCCCAACCAUUCGAGAUAGACGAGCGAUCCCGUGAAUGCCGGUGUCGUUUAUCCCGCGCGCGCAGACUAGCCGACACGCGCGAGAGGUCUUGCCGCAAAACCCGUGGCCGGUUGCGGGGAACUGGCGGAAGCAGGCCGGAGGCGAGGCGGAAAGGCGCUUCCGGAUGCUAGAGG